UGUGUAGUAAGUAGCAGAUCUUCGCUGUGUGUUGUGCGUCGCAGUGUGCACGGAGAUGACAAGAGUUCAGUCCGAUGUUACGAAGGAAUUGUGAAUGCCUGUACCAGUCUCUAUAUGGGAUAUAAUUGAAAAUACAUUUUCUGCAUUUUAUUUUUCAGUGGCUCAUACUGAUUUAUAACGGAUAUUAUUGCUUUAUUCAACGUUGCCAGUCACAGGGACAGCGGUCAUCUCGGGUGAGCGAAAACGACAGACUCGGAGCGGAACGAUAUCCUCGUAUUCUCAUUUAAAAAGGACUUUUUGUGUGGAUGUUUGGCAUUCCCAUUUGGAUAUAAAUUGAACACAGACUGGAAUACGAUGACUUUGACGACUUUACUAUCAUUGCCUGUUAUUUAUAAAUGAUAUUUAAAUAGCACCCCAUCCACAACCACCGCCCUUGGUCCGAGCUCCGCCUGGAUCCAGAUGAACAGUUCUCCUCUCGGGUCUGAAGCCGGUUCACGCAGUCGGAGCCCAGAGAGCGCUGAGAAUAUCACUGACAGCGGUAGUUUCUCCUAUAUAUUUGGGACACAGAAGUCCUUGUGCACGGUAUUGGCACCCUCGGAUCCUUUACGCCAAGAAAAGAGACUACCCAUCCGGAUUCUUAAAAUGUUGACUCAUAGCCACAUACUUCACCCGGAGUAUUUACAACCCUUGAGUUCCGCACCAGUUAGCAUUGAGCUGGAUGCCAAAAAGAGCCCUCUAGCCCUCCUGGCCCAGACCUGUUCUCAGAUUGGGAAGCCAGACCCACCUCCAUCCUCUAAACACGCUUCCCUCAACUCCAGUGGCCACAGUGACAAGGACUCAGGCACACGGUCCUCUGGAUCCUCUGUCAAGUCUGGAGACCAGCAACACGAUGACAAGUCCAGCUUCAAGCCCUAUUCCAAGACUGGUGGAGAGUGCCGUAAAGAUGGAGUCCUGAAUGGUGGGGCAGACAAGGCUGGUUUUCGGGUUCCUGGUGGCAGCGCCAUUGCAGUCACGUGCCCCUCCUUCCCACCCCACGCCACCUCUCCCAGAACCAGCUCCCCCCCUCAACACACACCACCCCAAUCUCACCGGCAGUCCCAGCCCUCCCCCACCCAGAAAACAGCCCACGCUCAGUCCCAGCACACAGACUCCAAGUUGGGGAGCGCUGACCCGGGCUCUGGGGACAGUGGUCCGGUGAAAAAAGAGACUGAGCACUGCAAGCCAGGCCUGGACCAUGCACAGAUCGCCAACUCCAGCCAUGCCAGGGCGAGUGCCAACUCCAGCAAUGCCAGCUCCGCUAGCAGCCCGCAGCCCGACAACAAGGCCGACGCUCAGCUCCCCCAUGCCGGACAUGUGGCCCCCGUGUCCCCAUUCAAACCAGGUCACUCUGUCUUCCCCCUGCCACCCUCCUCUAUGGGAUACCAUGGGUCUAUCGUUGGGGCGUAUGCUGGGUACCCCUCGCAAUUCGGGGCAGGAAUGGGGGUUCCAGGGAAGCACCCCAACUCCAGUCCCCUCACGGGAGCCUCGCCCCCAUCCUUCAUGCAGGGUCUAUGUAGGGACCCCUACUGCAUCACCUACCCAAACGCUCCCCACAUAGGCAGCAACUGCUCCACCUGCGUCCACGACCCCUCUUCCCUCAAGUCCGGUUUCCCCCUGAUGUACCCCUCCCAACACCUGCCCUCGCUCCACCCCACGGCCCUAACAUCCAGCAGCACGCCCUCCCUCUCCCACCCGCUCUACACCUACGGCUUCAUGCUCCCCAAUGAGCACCAGCAGCACGCCUGCAACUGGGUGUCCGUGGGGGGUCCGUGUGACAAGCGCUUCUCCACCUCCGAGGAGCUGCUGUCCCAUCUGCGCACACACACGGCUCUGCCGGUCGUCGAUGGCAAGCUCCUGUCAGCCUACCCGUCGUCUGUCUCCUCCGCCAACUCCUGUCACCUCCACCUGCCUCCCCCCACCAGCCCAGGCUCCCUCCACAGCUCCUUCUCCCUCCGCGGCUCACCCAGCCUGAGCCUGGCACGCUAUCACCCCUAUGGCAAGGCCCAUCUGCCAGGGGCCCCGUCCUUGCCCAUGCACUCACUCCCGGGCUCUUCACCCUAUUACUCCCCGUACACGCUUUACAGUCAGAGACUAGGCUCGGCCUCAGCCCUGGGCUACCAGUGACCAGCCAGCGGACUGCGAGUGGAGAACAGACUCCUUUGACCGCUGAUGAAACUUGCCUGCCGGACAAGCUAUGAAUGUGCAGAGCUGGCUCAGGUCUAGUCCACAAUAUGCCCUGUCUGAUCUCCAGCCAAGCAGUAUGCAGGUUCACAAAGCAGAUUCAUCUGAAUGGAGUUCCAGUGGCCUGUUCCGUGAUUCUGCAGUCCAUCGCAAUGUUUGGAGGGAGAGAGAGGGAGAUCUAUUAAAUACAGGAAGAAAGAGAUGAGUGCUGCCUGUCUGGAUAGAUCAAAGACUGACAUCCGGAGAAGGCAGCACUAUGGUCUCAAUUUUAUUUGAAGAGAGGCUCUUUUUCCCCUUUAUUGUUGUCCUGGACUGAAAAAAACUGAGACUAUGUAUUUAUUUUCUGAGCACUUGGCUUUCAACUUGGGAGAAGUUUACUAUUUGAACACACCCAUUAUCAUUCUUGCUAUAAUAAUCAUUUAUGAAUAUUAUUACAGUCAUCAUACACUCUUUGAAAAGGUUUCAUGGUGAGGUGAAUUUCAGAGACAAUGACUUUUUUCACUUUGACUUCAGUAUGGUUUUUUUUCUGUCCAAUUCUUUGCUUUUUAGUUCCUUUGAUGAAAUACCCUUGCGCAUGUCGUCAAUGACAACCAGAGUGUUCUUGAAAAAUUGCCAUUUAUUUUGUACAGUUCAAAAGAAUAAAAACAAAGAUGUGAUAUAUUUUCUAUUGUAAUGGAGUUUGCGAGUUGGAUGGCUUACAAAAUAUGAGACUGGAGACAGAGGAAAUUAGAAUAUAAAUGUAGUGAUGGCAGAGCUAUCCAUUUACCUGAAAGUCUUAUUUUGUGUAAUAAAUGACACUUGAUUAUA